AUGCAGCAGAUCGGUGUGCACGCAUCUGAGUCGCUCCUUCGGCCACGGAGCCGUUCCGCUGUCACCGUGUUCACAGGCGCCAGGAGAGACCGUUGCUCUCCCAGUAGUUUGCAAUCUAAACUGGCAAACGGGAAGUCCAAGGGAAAGCCAAAUGGUAAAAAGCCAGCACCGGAAGAGAAGAAACUUUACCUCGAGCCAGAAUACACAAAAUCCAGAAUUACCGACUUUGAAUUUAAGGAGCUAGUGAUGUUACCACGAGAAAUAGACCUCAACGAGUGGCUCGCCAGCAACACCACAACUUUCUUUCAUCACAUCAACUUACAGUAUAGUACAAUCUCAGAAUUCUGUACAGGAGAGUCAUGUCAGACCAUGGCAGUGUGCAAUACACAGUACUACUGGUAUGACGAGCGGGGAAAGAAGAUCAAGUGCACUGCUCCGCAGUACGUCGACUUCGUCAUGAGUUCAGUGCAGAAACUAGUGACAGACGAGGAUGUCUUUCCCACAAAAUACGGCAAGGAAUUCCCAAACUCAUUUGAGUCCCUAGUGAAGAAGAUCUGCAAGUACCUGUUCCAUGUGCUGGCCCAUAUCUACUCCUCACACUUUAAGGAGACUUUGGCACUGGAGCUGCACGGACAUUUAAACACGCUCUACACACACUUUAUCCUAUUUGUCAGGGAGUUCAACCUCGUGGACCCUAAAGAGACCACCAUCAUGGACGACCUCACAGAGGUCCUCUGCAGCAGCAGUGGCAGCAACAGUAACGGGAGCGGCAACGGGAGCAGCAACAGCGCAGCAGCACAGAACCACGUGAAAGAGAGAUGAGCCCUCCCACAGCAUCCAGACUAACCCUACAAAUAUAUUCUGUGUGUAUGUGUAUGUAUAUGUUCAGAUAUGCAUACAGACAUAUACAGCAAUGAAAGCUGAGUUAUGCUGCCACCACAGGACACGUAGUCGUACGGGACUGUAUGGAGCUUUGGUUUAAUGCGCCACCUGGCCGGAAGUUGCACCAAUUUUAUUUUAUUUUCUGUCCACUCCUCCUUUUACCUAUUCAGAUGGAUGACGAGUGCUGUUUUUAGAGAAGAGCCAAGCUUGAGAGCAGGGCCGCUCUUGGUUUUUUUGAUUGGUUUUUUGUUUGGUUGGUUGGUUUUUUUUUGUUUUUCUUUCUUUGGUCCUGAGUGCAAGCCCUUUGUCUUUCUAGGAUGGUGGUCCUGCCAUUUAAAAAUAUCUAUUAUAUUAUAAGAAAUGACUUUUACUUUGAAGUGGCUUAAAAUGCAGGUUUGUUUGGGUUUGGUUUUUUUGGGGGGUGGGGGUGGUUUUUUGGUUUGGUUUUACAUAGACUGCCCCUUACCCUGCCACAAACUGCCCAGUUGAGCGCAUCUUGCUCUUUGUUAGCUUGGAAUGGGAAGAAACUCCUGGCUUGACUAGAGUAGCAACUAGGGGCUUGCUACAUGUUGAAAGUGGGCACGAUUCUCCAGUUGUCCCAUCUACCUGGUCACAACACGUGAACAUGCAAGAAGAUCCACAAGCCUUUUUGCUUAUUGCCUCUACAACAUAUAUAGUCUUUUUUUCUCUGCUGCCCUGGCUUCCUCCUUUCCCAGGCACACCUCUACAGAUAAAAAGGGUGAGAUCACUGGAGUUCAAAACCCACGUGAAAAGGCACCACCGUUUGCUUCCCAUUGAACAGAGGCCCCGGGGAGGGGGGAGAAGGGUACAUUGAGUCAGUCACCGCCUGUGCUAGAAAGAUGGCUGUUGGCAUAAAAGUAUACUGUUGGCUUAUUUUAGUUCAUCUGUUCUAUAAUAAUAAAUACAAAUCUAUCAGCCAUAA